AUGCAAAUACAAAAUCGUCGAAAACUUUCAAAUAUUGAAUUAAAAUCAUUUAUAUUAGAUCAAGAUUCUCGAACAAAUAAACAAAAUUGGAAUGAAGGUAGAAUACUCAAGUUAGAUGAUACUGUCUUAUCAUCUAAGUUAUAUGAAGAUAAUUGUAUCAUCAUAGCAAAACGUCUACAAGAAAAAAUUGAUUCUGCAGAAUUCAUUUCUAAUUUUGACAUGUUUAUAAAAACUCUUACUGGAAAGACGAUUACUUUACAAGUCAAUUCUUCUAUGGGUAUAGCCACCAUAAAACAAUUGAUAGAAGAGAUGGAAGGUAUUCCUCCUGAUCAGCAACGUUUAAAAUUUGCUGGAAUGCAAUUAGAAGAUGGCAGAAAUCUUUCAGAUUAUAAAAUACAAAAAGAAUCUACUCUACAUCUGGUACUACGUUUACGUGCUGGAAUGUAUCAUUUCACCAGUGGUCGACAAGAUUUUGAUGAUUUGCCAAAUACAGGAGCUGAAGCAAUAAAAAAAGUUCUUGCAUUCGAAUUUAAACAUAUGAAUCAUCCUGAACGUUUGUCACUAGUCGAAUUACAAAAUUCUCUUUUACAAGGACAAACUCUUCUUUCUAAAUUAUUUAAUGAAACCAAAGAUUUCUCUGUAUCUAAUGAACUUCCACAUUUAAAAAAUAUUUUAUUAUCGAACGUUGAUGAAAAUGAUGAACAUAAUGUACUUAAAGAUUUACUUAUUCAAGAAGAAAAAUUAAGACUUAGUCAAGAAACUCAACAAUUAUUAUCAGAUAUUGAAGAUCGAAAAGAUAUUGAUUGGAUGGAUAUUAUAGAUGAUUUACAAACUAAAUUAAUUAAAAAUGCAAUUGGUGAAGAUGCAACAGAAGAUGAAAUUCAAUAUGGUUUGAAAAUAUUCCGUAGUGCUCAUCAAUUAUAUUCAAAUGAUAAUGAAUUUCAUAAUUUAUCACUUUAUGUUCGACAUAAUCGAGCAAAACAAGGAAAUCUUAAUAUUGGCGACCCAGCAAUUGAUAUUCAAUUGUUAAGUAUGAAUGGUCAAUUUGUUUCAUUAUUAUCUCAUUCUCAUCCUAAUUGA